UGCACUCCCUCACAGAGCUGAGAGGAUUCUGUGGGUGGGGGCUGGCGUGUGUGUUUUGCAGGAGAGAUUUAAAAUGAUCUAAUCCACUGUAACCUGCUCAUUCAAACAGAGCUGAGGGGAGGUGUGGUAGAAGGAUAAGGGAGCGGAGAGAGCUGCAAAAGACAGAGAGAUUGAAGAAAUGACAGGGGCGGAGACCUCGGCAAGACUGCAAUGCAUCUGACUUGGUGAACGCCAGAUUUCACAAGCAGGAAGGUGGUGGACCAGUGGCGGAGCUGAAUCUAACCAUGAGUGCCGAGGUCGCCCAGGAGGGGGUAUCGGUGUCAUCACCGCCGGGCACGGCUCGGAAGGAGUGCUAUUUUGACCGGGUGGCAGAGGGCGACCCUGAGUACCUUCGGCUGCGGAACAUGGCUCCGACACUGAGACAGGAUUUCAACGUGAUGGAGCAGAAGAAGCGAGUGACGGUCAUUCUGCAAAGUCCAGCCUUCCGGGAAGAGUUGGAGAGCCUGAUCCAGGAGCAGCUGAGGAAAGGGAAUGACUCCAGCAACGUGAGGGCACUGCGGCACAUCGUGGACUUCAUCAGCAGCAGCGGCAGUUGCGGCCCCUUGGCACUGCCCACCUCACCGCCCGGGCCGGCAAUGGUGGCGCCAAUCAACGAUGUCCACGGAACCGAGUGCCCAGGUUUUGUCAAGGGGGAGCGUCUCAUGAGGUGCAAGAUUGCCAGUGUCUACCGUCUUCUGGACAUCUUUGGAUGGGCCCAGCUGGCCAAGACCUACAUCACGCUGCGCGUCAGUAAGGAGCAGGGUCACUUCCUCAUCAUUCCCAGAGGGAUUUCAUACGGGGAGGCCUCCGCUUCAGUCCUGGUCAAGGUGAACAUCGUGGGAGGCGUGGUGAACCAGGGCAGCAGCGGACUUCCCGUAGACUGCGCGGGAUUCGGCCUGCACUCGGCCAUCUACGCUGCCCGGCCUGACGUCUGUUGCGUCAUCCACUUGCAGACUCCAGCCACGGCCGCAGUUUCUGCCAUGAAGUGUGGCAUUUUACCGAUAUCCCACGAGGCCUUGUUAAUCGGAGACGUGGCUUACUAUGAAUACAACGGAGCCCUGGACGAAGAGAAGGAUAGGAUCCAACUCCAGAAAUGCCUCGGCCCGACGGCGAAGGUUCUGCUUUUAAGAAAUCAUGGAGUUGUUGCACUCGGCGAGACAGUGGAAGAGGCCUUUUACAAAAUUUACCACCUUCAGUCAGCCUGUGAGAUCCAGGUCUCGUGCCUCUCCUGUGCCGGGGGAGUGGAGAACGUGACCCUCCUGGACCGCGAGCGGUACCGGCCUCUUGAGGCUGGCGCGCUGGCCCGGGCGGUCACCACCUUCGGCCCCGUGCAGAAGAGCCGGCUCGGGGAGCAUGAGUUCGAGGCCCUGAUGAGGAUGUUGGACAACCUGGGCUAUCGGACAGGCUAUGCCUACAGGCACCCGGUUGUCCAGGAGAGAGCCAAGCACAAGAGCGAGGUGGAGAUCCCCGCGACCGUGACGGCGUUCGCCUUCGACGAGGACGUGUUGUGCCCGUCGGCGCUGCGGCACCACAGCCAGAGGCAGCAGCUGGAGAAGACACGGUGGCUGAACUCACCCAACAUCUACCUGAGGGUCAGUGACGAUCUCCACGGAGACGCCGGCAGGGAGCGGGCCAGAACCACGUGGCUGAAGGCUGAUGAGGUGUCGAAAUCCAGCAGCGGGACCCCAAUCAAGAUUAAAACCCCCAACCAGUUUGUGCCUCUGUUUACAGACCCUCGGGAAGUGCUUGAAACCAGGAAUAAGAUUCGCGAGCAGAACCGACAAGACAUGAAGUCGGCAGGACCACAAUCGCAGCUGUUGGCAGGCGUUAUCAUGGAAAAGAGCCCCAGCACAUCCACGGAUGGAGCUCUGGAGGCUGCCGGUGCCCGGAGUCCGGAAGAGGAGGUGGAAUUGGCAGGCGAAGAACCGGAGCCCCCGAACCCCUUCAAUGAGCUGACGGACCAGGAGCUGGAGGACUACAAGCGGGAGGUCCAGUGGAAGCAGCUCGGGCUGGACGGCCCGGACGACGAGGACACUUCCGCUGGGAUCUCUCCGCUCCGGAGCCCGGUCCCAUCGCCCACUAAGUCGCCCACCUCUCCUCGCUCGCCAGGAGAAACCACACUGCCCUCCGACUCCAAAGGAGCGGGUGAGUCGGAGACACCCGGGGACGGGAAACCAGACGGCGGCUCUGUGGAAGAGCAGCUUAGCAAAGGGAUCAGCACGAUGAUGGCCAACGCCAAUGCGGAGAACGGCGUGGAGGAGGUGCCGCGGACGGGCAAAGACCACCCAGAAACGGGCACCGGGGCUCCCCUCUCUCCCGACGGCUCUCCCUCCAAGUCGCCCUCCAAGAAGAAGAAGAAAUUCCGCACUCCCUCCUUCCUGAAGAAGAGCAAAAAGAAGGAAAAGACGGAGACCUGAGUUGUGUGCGUGGGCUGGGAGGAGUGGAUGGAGGGAGGGAAGGCGUGGUGGGAGAAGGGUGGGGGGGAAGGCUCGAAAAUAAAUGUUCCAAAACGAGAAAAAGAAAACUGUUUCGAGGGGGCCCCCAGGACAAGCGGCCAUUUUUGUCUCCCAUCAAUUGGCAUUGCCAACGCUCACCUCCUCACCCCCUCCCCCCCGCCUUCACUCCCCAGAAGUGUCCCUCUUCCAAACAGGCCCAUGCACGGAGGGCCCCAACUGAUGCCUUAAUCUCGGAAUCUGAGCUCGAACAAGAGGGAGGUAGGGAAGGAGGACUCGCUCCCUGGAGAUGGAGAUGAGGGGACGCUGCUGGGAGGAUGGGAUGGGGAGAAGUGUGUGAUUGAUGGAUGGAGUUUCGUCCAUUCUUGACCGAAAAUGUUGGGGGUGGGGGGGGUUGGGGUGAGGCUUUUUAAAGGGUGUGGCAGGCAGGAGGACAAUGUUCCUCCCUCCCCUCCAUCCAGGCUCAUCGUCCAGGAUCUAAGAGAACAAGCUCAAGGAGCUGAGUGGCCUGCCGUAACUGGAGAGGAGGUGGGUGGGGUUGGAGGACAUGGCCAGCGUUCUCCAUAUCCGCCCCCUUUCUCUGCCCCCUCCCCUUCUCUGCCUCCCCUCUCUCUCCCCCAUCCUCUCCUCUCCAUCCCGUCUCGUCUCCCCGCUACCUCACCUCUCCCUCUCUGUCCUCUUCAAGUCCUCUUCUGACCACCUCUCUCCCACUCCUCUCUACUCCCCUCACUCCCUGGCGCCCCCUUCCCACACUUCCUCUUCCCCCCUUCCCCAUCAUUCUCUCCCUCUUCCUUUCCUCACCAUCUCCUUCCCCUUCACCUCCUCCUCCUCUCCUCUCCCUCUGUCCCCUUCCUCACCCUCUCUCUCUCUCUCUCUCCAUCUCACCCUCCGCUCAGUCCCAUAUCCACCACAUGGGGAAACCCAGAACAGUGUGAACACACCAUGACAGUGGGUGGAAGCGAGAUGCUGGAGUGGGCCGGAGAAAAGGGGGAGUGAGUCCCCACCCCCACCCCCACCCACUGAGUGUAAAAUGACCAGACCCUCCCCCUCAGAGCUGGCUGUUCGACCCCACUGAACCCAACCCACUCCUGGACGCCUGAGGUGACAGCCCCGUCUCGCCAUGUUCCCUGAGCAAGGGCCCACCCACUGCUGUCGUGGGCAGUGCCAAGCCUGAGGACCCCCCCACCAACUGCCCAGAGGGUGGCUCCGAGUGGGUACUGGGAAGGUGAUUGGGGGGGGUGGGCCAGUGAAUGACGGGGAGAGUUCCACGUGCCCAGUGGGUAAAACACUCUGUCUCGAUACCAUCCCACCCACCACCCCCCGGGGCAGGCCCGAGUUCGGAUUAUCCCGUUCCUUAUUCCAGAAUAAACAUGGAAAAACUCCA